UGUAGCGGGAGGAUAUGAAAAAGAAGAGGAAGCUGCGAAAGCUUUUGAUUUAGCUGCUCUUAAGGUUUGGGGCAAGAACGCUCCUAUAAAUUUUCCGAUAACUAACUAUACAAAGGACAUAGAGGAGAUGGAUUCCAUGAGCAAAACAGAAUACUUGCUCUUAAUUAGAAGGAGAAGCGAUGGCUUUGCCAAGGGCAUAUCUUGCUACCGUGGAGUUUCAAGAUUGAGCAGGAACACAUGUUGUAGGAAAUGGCAAUCCAGAAUGGGGAAAGGAAAGGGAGUUAGGGGAAUUUAUCUGGGAACAUUUGAAACUGAAGAGGAAGCAGCGAAAGCUUAUGAUGUUGCAGUGAUAAGGUUGAAAGGGUUGACCGCAGCUACAAACUUUGACCAUAAUAACUAUGAUCUCACAAGAAUUUUUCAGAGCAAAUUUCUUCCAAUUGGCAAAGGAGCUUCCAAGAAGUUGAGGAUGACUAAUGUUGAUGAUCUUCUUCGUCGUUUCAAAGCUAAUAAAAAAUCAUCACAUAAAAGAAAACAUACAAAGAAAAGCAAAAACAACACCAAAAACAAGAAGCACAAACUCAACAACUCAUCCUCAUCAUUAACUUCUUCUACCAAAAAACAAAACUCUUCUUCUUCUUCUUCUUCCUCUUCUUCUGUUCCAAAUUAUUCCAACCAAAACCCUACCACCUUCUCCCUUGUUAAUCAUCAGCUCAUAGGGUUCCAAUCUGAUCAUCAUCAUCAUGAGUUCUUUGAUGUUAAUAAACUAUUUGAUGAUUUUCAUGAGCCAAAUUACCCAGUAGCUACCUCCACAAACCCUAGCCCUAGCUUGCUUGAUCAGUUCUUGGCCAGUAUUGAUGGAGAGUAUAAUAAUAAUAAUAAUAAUAAUAAUAAUAAUAAUAACAUCAUGAAUAACUUGGAGUCAUCAAACCCUAGGCCUACUGCUACUACUACAGAUCAAGCUGGACAAGAGGUGGCCAUGGAUCAUGAUCAGAUGAUGAUGAAUAGUACUUAUUCAACAGACGAUGAUUUCAUUGAUCUUGAUAACUUCUUUCUUGAUAUUAGUAGUGAUCAAGAUUUCCUCAGCUUCCUCCAAAACCCUAUAUAGCUAGCUAGGGUUUAACAGUGAUCAUCAGUUUGGGAGAUAGUGACUUUGAUCAUCAUCGUUAGGGUUUCGUGGCAUAUGAAAUAAAGCAUUAUAUAUAUAGUUAAUUUUCCCUUUGUUAAGUACUGAAAUAAAACUACUAAUUAUGAACAUUUUAUUAAUUGGGAUAAUUUUAAUUAAUGUUGAUGGUUUGUAAUAUAUAUAUGUCGGACUAAAUUGAAGAGCUUUCAGGCUUCUUCAUAUAUUAUAUAUGUUAGUUAAAUGAUGAAUGAUGAUGAUCACUUUUUUCAUUUCUAUAUU